UAUCAGAUGUUUUGAUAUGAUAUCAGAUCAGUUUUUGCCACACAGAUUCCGCUCGAGCGAAAAUGUAAUGCGAAGUUAGACGAAAUGCAACAACAAUAAACACAAUAUUCCAAAUGCAUUGCAACAUGAACGAUGUGGCGGAUGCGGCCUUCUCCAGUUUCUACGUUGGCAGCCAGCUACAGCAUGCGGAGCUGUCGCUAUCGACGCCUAUCCAUGCCCUGGAGCACGAUAGCAAUUUCACCGGUCUCUUUGACGAUGAUCCCGCCCUGCUCUCGCUUCCCCUGUCGACAAUAUCGGGAGCAGCAGCUGUAGCAGCAGUCGCGACCCAUAAGGUUGCAACGGGCGUUGUAACGGAGACCGCCUGCAUUCCAUUUGUGCAGAUCCAUACGACAGACUUGCAACAGCAACUCGAACCGGGUCGCAGCUAUCGCAAUGGAUUCCGACGACGCACAGCUGAAAUCAAAUCGGAGGCGGAACUCAUUAAAUCAGAGCAGGCGGAUGCGGCGGCUAAGGAACGCAUCAAUGCCACACCCACACCGCCCACAGCCACAAAGACAAUCGCGAGCGAGGGUUGCUCGGAUCUGCCGCUGCACAAGUGUCCCAGCUGCCCGUUCCUCAGUCUCUGCCAGCUGAAGGCCCAAACGCACAUCAGCAGCUGCUUUGGCGUCGAUGCCCAGCGACGCCUGCAGUGUCCAGGUUGUGCGAACGUUUUCUACAGCAUCGAUGUGCUGCAGUUGCAUCUGAGCGCUGAUCAUCAGCUGGAGCCGCAGGAGAUAGCCAAGCUGACCGGCAAAUCCAGCGAAAGAGGAGCCAGAAAACCACAGCAGCAGCAGCACCAAUCGCUGCCCAAAAGUCGCAUCUUUAUCAAGAAUGUGGAUUGCUUGAGGGAGCCGCAUCGCGAGCAGGAUGCAAUCAAUCCAUUGUCCGACUUUCUGCCGCUGUUGCCCAACUCGCCAGAUAGCAGCACUGGCAAUAUACUAGACCUUCUCGAUGAUGUUGACGAGGAGCAGCAACAGCAACUGCAAAUCUUGCCAAUGAGCCAAAAGACAGCCGUGCAAAAGAUAUCCAUAAAGAGUGUCGAUGUGCUGCGAGAGCCGGCGCUGCUGCCCUUUGAUUUCCAUCUGCCCAAUGGCGGAGAGCAACUGCAGCAGCAGCAACAGUUGCCGUUGUCGUUGCCUCCACUACCAAGCCUGCUAAUGGGCAACAGUUUGCUGGAUGUACAUGUUGUGGACGUAUCGGAGCCGGAGAAACCCCGUCAGCCCAAGAUCUACAUACGCAAUGUGGACAUACUAAAAGAGCCCAUGUUGCUGCCGGGCAUGGGUUUCAACGAGGCACCCACCACGACGGCAAUCGAAAGUUCCGUGGAGAUGUUUCCCGCCGAAACGCUGCUAACGCCUACGGGUCCGGUGGGUCCGCUGCCCGGCUUUGAGCCAGCUCUGGCUCCGUUGGCCAACAUGUGCGGUGAGUCGUUCAAUUUUGAUGCUGUGCUCAGUGGUGCUGGCACCACCAGCAGCAACAGUGUCAGCAGUAACAAUUUCAGUGCCUUGGAUUUGGAUUUUGGUGUCGAUUUCGAGCACAGUGUGCAGCUGGAGACAACACCACCACCACCACCAGCACCAUCAUCAGCAGUCACAGCAGCAGCAGCUGGAGCAGCAGUAUCGACGGAAGCAACAGUAGAGCCUCCAUCACAGCAGUCACUUAUAAGUGCGCAGCUGGCGGAGCUGGGUGCACUGCCACAAGAUGAGCUGGAUAACUAUUUAUCAAGGACGACAUCGUCGAAGCAAAAGAUCUUCAUCAAGAAUGUGGAUAUAUUGAAGGCGCCACAGCGUGGCACAUUGCAUCUGCGCACCGUCGACGAACUGAAUCUGAUGAAUCGCAACGAGGUCGAGCAUCUGAUUGUGCCCCAUAGGGAGCCGCUGCAGCUGGAGCAGCUGCCACUAAAUGACACAGCUGCUGCUGCGGCUGCUGCUGCUGCUGUCGCACUGGAAUCGACUCUCGUCGAUUUCGAGCAGGCGCCAUCAGCGCCAUUGAGCUAUGAUGAUAGCUAUGACUUGGCCGAGAAUCUGGAAAUCUGGCCCUGGAUGGAGGAGUCGGUGCCAGCGGGCAUAGACACAGCCACAGAGACGGAGCACGAUGUUACAGAACAGCUGGAGUUGCCACACAAUGCCGACGAUAUUCUGAUUAAGGAUUUUCCGCAACUCUAUGCAUCGCAGACGCCCACAGCGGAUGCUGUGCCGCCUCUGGUGCCGGUCACCGGCUCACCGGAACUGGUGGGGAGCUCAGCUGUGCCUGCAGAGAAUUUGUGCGGGCUACCCGUACCGCCGCUGGUGCCCCUCGCUGCAGAGGCGGCAGCUGCUGGUGCUGCUGCUGGCGGCGCCGAUGAGAAGCCCGCUCGCAUUUAUGUGGCCAACAAUUUGCUGCCCACUGCUGUGGAGCCAGCGCCGCUGCCAGGUGGCACCUCGGUGCGUGGUCGUCCAUAUGGUGCCAAGCAAGCAGGUCAAACGGCCAAACGACGACCGGCACAGAGCGCAGUGCAGUCGCUGGAGGGUGGCAAAUGCACCGUGGAGGGUUGCAUGUUCCGCUUCAAGUCACCGACCACCUUGGAGUACCAUGGACGUUGUCACAAUGGCUCGCUCGGCUCCACACAGCCGAUGAUCUGUCCCGAGUGCCGAUCUACACAGUUCAGCAAUUGGAAUUGCCUGCACACCCAUCUGUGGCGCACCCAUGAGAUCGACAUGGAACUGUACUGCUGCCAGCUGUGCAGCUUUAAGACGCCAAUUUACUCCAGGCUGGUGAACACCCAUGCCAAGAUCCACUCCGAGGAGCGCAACUACAAGUGCGAGCAAUGCGGCAAGGGAUUCAAGAACACCAAACAGCUAAAGAACCAUCGACGAUUGCAUCGCACCCAGGGCCUGGGCAUGUCAGCCAAGCCAAGCAUCAGCGAGGAGCAGAUGGCGUUACCAAUUCUGCAUCGCUGCGAGGAUUGCGGUACCGCCUUCAAGCAUCGCAAAACGCUGCGGGAGCAUCUGUGCAAGCAGCGCAACGAGCAGCCACAGUGCACCACUUGUCAGCGCGUCUUUAGCUCGAAGAGCAGCCUCAAGUUGCACAUGCGCAGUCAUCAGGAGAGCAAGCGAUUCAAGUGCGAAAAGUGCGAUCAUGAAGCGAAUGAUCACAAUGCCUUCCGGCGUCAUCUGGCCACACAUCGGGAGGCCAAACGCUAUGCGUGUCCACACUGCGAUUUUAAGGCCAUCCAAAGCACCGCCUAUCGGAUACACCUGCAGAAGAUGCAUCCGGAGCAGGAGCUGUCCAGCAUUAUAUACAAAUGCAAUGCGUGCACCUUUUCCAGCAUCAAUCGCGGCCUGCUGCUGGUUCAUCAGGCCAAACACGACACGGCGCCAAGCGAGUCCUCAAAGAUCAAAGUGAAAAGCAGCCUUCUGCUUGCACCAAAUGUUAAGGAGCCCAAACCGGCUGAAUUGGUGGCACUUGCGGCGCCAGCUGGCGAUCUAAUUGCCUAGAAAUGCUGGCUUAUUGUAUGAACAAAUAUGCGUAUCAAACAUUUUUGGGGUAUAUCGUUUUGUACAAAUGAGGAACACAAAAACACAAUAUGUGUUUAGUUUAUAGAUAUUUUUAUACCAAAAUUUCAUAUACCAAUGUUAGUUAUGUUCAAGAAUUUGUUAAAUCUUUUCAAGCGUACCUAUUUAAAAACUUAAAAACUUUUAUAUAUUUUAUAAACAAAAAUAUUGCAUAAAUAGUUUGAAAAGGUUCUAAAAGCUUCGGCAUGCCACGAAGAUUAAACAUUUUUUAUUUUUGUCCCGAUUAUGAACAUCGUGGCAAUGUAUGCACAUAAGUACGUAUUCAUAUAUGUCUAUGAUCCGGGUUUGUUAUUGUAAAUAUGUAUAUCGAACAACAAAAAAAUACAUUCUAAACUUAUACAAACUUGUUGAAAUUUCCAUUCAUAUCGACCUUCAUUCAACAAUUAAGCGUACGUGAUGCAGCAGAAGCUCUCAUUUCAUAACUCAGCACCUCAUUUAUUUAUUUUUAAAUGCCCUCUUAAUUCAGAAACAGAUGUCUUUAAUUCGUUA